GCAUCUUCUUGUGUGAGAUCCCAUAUUCCCAUUGACGGUCCCCACUCACCUGUGUUAUAGUUCUUCUCAUAUCACUCUUUCUUCUCUUCUCUUCUCCAUAAAUAAAUUCUUCUUUCACCACUCUCACUCACACCCCCUCCACUCUUACCAUCAAAAGUGAAAAGAAGAGAAGAACACGCUCACAGAGAUGAACAUGUUAGAAAAUUCUCCACUUGACACUCUAGCUUUCAACUACUUGAGCUUCGAUUUCUUCAACCAUUUAUGGACAUGGCUCGCCGUCAUCUUCUGGAGGAUCCCAACCCCUAAACCUGAAUUGUUACCUCCUUCCCACGACACUUCCUCCGAUAAACCUCACCUAGGUCUGGAAGUGUUGGAACCUCGUCAUGAUUAUGCUUGUCCAGCGCGUGUUCCUAGUAACAGCGUUGUUGAAGACGAUGACGGAGUUACAAAGGGAAAGAUGAAGUUUACCUUGUAUUAUUAUGACCAUGAAGAUGAAGAUGACAUUGACAGAGAAUGCAAGGAGAGUGUUGAGACGUUAAAAAAAAUAACGGAGGAAUUAUGGGAAGAGAAAGAAGGAAGAUUAGGGUGGUGGGAGAGUUGGGAAAACUUGUUGAGGACAAGAACUGGAGAGAACGAAGGUGGGUGGUAUACAUGCCAAGAUUUAACGGUGAUUAACGGCAACGUUGUUAGGUUUUGGGAUGAAGAGUUCGAGUUUGCUUCCUUUGCAAAUGGAGGAAUCAAAUAACAGCUUCAGCUGUAUGUUCUUGUAUGGUAGUAAUCACUAAUUAGAUUAGAUAGAGAAACAUAAGUAUGUUAUAAUAAUAUUGUUAUCAUCAAUGUAUAUAUGGUGGUGGGUUAAUUAAUUUGGAUAAUAUAUAUCAUGAUAAGUUGAUAUAUAAUCAUCUCCUCAUUCAUGCUCUUUGGCUCUCAAAUUUGUAACGCAAAGUGUUGAUAUAGAGCAACCAAUUAAUUCUCCGUA